UCUCCCGCCAAAACACGGCUACGCCGACGUCGCUGACCUGACAACUCCAAAAUCUGAAUUUUAUAGUUAAUUUGUUUUUAUUCUGUGGCUUUUAUCUGUAGGUUCACUUAAAGUUGCCGCCCACUUGUAGGAUUUUAACUUUUUAUGGGCACCGAUCGACUACUUUUGUGCCGUCUUUCAUCUCUAUUGCUAUCAUUUUAUUACACUUUGUUAUGAUAGUCAAAACUCUUACAUAUGGAGAACUAUCUGAAAAUUGAGAAGAUAGGGGAAGGAACCUAUGGUGUUGUGUACAAAGCUCGGUGCAAGAAAACUGGAAAAUGGGUUGCCCUUAAGAAGAUUCGCCUUGAAACUGAGUCGGAAGGUGUACCUUCUACUGCACUCCGAGAAAUUUCCCUUCUCAAGGAACUCACUCAUCCUAAUGUUGUUCAAUUGUUAGAUGUAGUUCACUGUGAGAGGAAACUUUUCCUUGUUUUUGAAUUUCUUACACAUGAUCUUAAGAAAUAUCUGGACUCUUAUAAAGAUGGUCUCCCACCUGAAUUGGUCAAGAGUUACCUGCACCAGCUUCUUUUGGGUAUAUCUUAUUGCCAUCAAAAUAGAGUUUUGCACCGGGACCUCAAGCCUCAAAAUCUUCUCAUAGACAUGGAAGGAUAUAUAAAGUUGGCAGAUUUUGGAUUGGCAAGAGGUUUUGGCAUGCCUGUGAGACCCUACACUCAUGAAGUAGUGACCUUGUGGUACCGUGCCCCUGAAAUCUUGCUCGGCACAAAGUUAUAUUCUAUGGCAGUUGAUGUCUGGAGUCUUGGUUGCAUAUUUGCAGAAAUGACCACAAGGCGACCUUUAUUUCCUGGAGACUCAGAAAUAGACCAGUUAUUUAGGGUUUUCCGUACCUUGGGUACUCCAGAUGAAACAAAAUGGCCGGGAGUGUCUCAGCUUCCUGACUACAAAUCCAUGUUCCCUAGAUGGGAUCCUCAGGACAUCCGAGAAGUCCUUCCAUCGAUGGAUGAUGAUGGAGCAGAUUUGUUUCUGAAAAUGGUGACUUAUGAUCCAAGCAAGCGUAUUACUGCUAAAGAGGCAAUGGAACACCCUUACCUGAAGAAUGUGAAAUUUGUAGCUCCAUCCCCUCUACCUCAUGACGAUGAGUCUUGCAGUGGAGCUUCAUCUAGAGGUACAUCAGAAGUAGAACGCAUCGUCUAGUAGGGCAAUUCCAUGAAAUAAAUAUAAAAUUGCAAGUGACAAAGAGACGCUACAUGUUGUUGCAUCACAUAACUAAACUCAUUUGGAGACCAGUCAUCUGUUAUAGCAAUACGUAGCACGCCUCAUUCGAUUAGAAUUGCCGUCACUUUCAGGUACUUCUUCAUAGAAUUGCCCAGUAGAAGAAAUUGGCCCUCCAUUUAAUAAAAUCUUCUUUUACUAAGGGCUGUAGUUAAUUUUAGUGCUUAAAUUUUUUUAUUGUGUUUUAUUGAGAUUGUGAUAUGCCAGUUUUAGGGGAAUUUUAAUUAUCUACCAAACAUUCAAGUUACUCAACUAAUCAAUUUCUGCUCAAUGAACUGGAAGUACUUCCUUCUGUGCAAGUCUUAUUUAUUUGCUCAUUUACCCCAUAAAUUUUACUCUUAAGUAAUUCUUCCAACUUCAUCCGUAUCAUAGCUUUAAAAUUUUAUGAAGCCAUUAAACAUAAUAUGUGCGUAGGCACUUUUUAUCUAAAGUUACUUUAGACAAAACUUCAAUUCUGGUGCUUGUAGUCAUUAAGAACUGUGUGAUCAUUAGUUUGAAACACGUAAAGAAAAGAAGCGUUCUGAAUGUUUUUUUCCAUGUGUUCUCUGUAAGCUUUGGACCAAUGUGAAGUGUUUUUUAAAAAGUAUGCAUUGUAUCCUAAAUUUGGACCAAUACCUAAUAAAUGUAACAAACCUUUAGCAUAGAUAAGAAGCCAUGUCUUACAUAUGUGUAAACACGGUGUUUUAGAGUAAAAUGCGAUGAUGUGCCAAUGGGGACCAAUGUGUGAUGUGAUGUUUUCAGAAAAUGUUAAUAAACUCCAUCUAGAAUGUC